GAAUUAAUGAUGGUCAGUUGAAGUUGGAAGAAAACAACCUUUCAAAAGCAAUGUUGGAGAACAAUAAGUGCUAUUUACUGGACUGUGGGGCUGAGGUUUUCAUUUGGGUUGGCCGAGUGGCACAAGUUGAAGAGAGAAAAGCUGCCAGCAAAGCUGCUGAGGAUUUCAUCAUCAGUCAAAACAGACCAAAAACAACACCCGUCCCUCAAGUUAUUCAGGGUUAUGAAACACAUUCAUUCAAGUCAAAAUUUGAAUCGUGGUCAGCUGGUACUGUGACAGGAAUGGGAAAUUCUACUGGAGAGGAGGGACAAGGAAAAGUUGCAGGUGGCUCACAUUCCUGGUGCCAUAUUCUUUGA